AUGGCUUCGAAGAACGAGGACAAUUUAAUGAUCAAUACUCGAUUAAUGAAAUUAACUGGAUUAUACCAUUUAUUGGAUUCGCGAAGUCCAAAAAUCUUUGGUCACAACAUGUUUAAAUGCCUGUCGGUAGUUCAGAUGUCGAUCCUGGUAUCAGCGAUGAUUGCAUUUCUUUUAAACAUAUUUUAUUUUCUGAACGACAUCAAUACAAUAAUACUAUAUUCGAUGUUAUUUACAUCCGAUCUGCUUUCGAUUUCUAAACUUUGUUUCACAAUCGUAAAUUCAGAUACUAUAUGGAACUGCAUACAGAUGACAUCUAUCGACGACUUGUCUUAUAAAUAUCAUGAUCGACGCAUACUGAAAGAUGGCCAAAUGAAGUCCAAAUUAUAUUCGAUACUAAUUAUGUUUAUGUGGAUGAAUCUUAUAAUAUCUUGGGCAUUUGCUCCGUUAUUUGUCACAAGCUAUUUUUUUAAAGCAGAAGUCGAAAACAAGAUUUACAAUUACCGCUUCAACAUAAUGAAUUUCGUAUUCCCUGUCACUGAUCAAUUCUACAACGACAAUUUCAUGAUUUAUUACUGUAUAGAAUUUAUCGUUCUGAUCCUAUGGGGCCAUUGCACAAUGAAUUUCGAUGUACUAUUGAUGUCGACGAGUAUUACGUUCAAGUAUCAGUUAAAGACUAUAGCAAAUUCUUUUAGUACAUUCAGAAUUACACGCAAUGAUGUUAAGAAUAAUGGUACAAAAAUUGUUAAACAUCAUAAAGAAUCAGAAUUGAUGUUUGAUUUUAAGAGUAUUAUUUACGAUCAACAGCGUAUCACUAAAAACAUGAGAAACAUUUACCGAAUACUUCAACCUGUGGUACUUACUCAAUUAGCUUUUGAAUCUCUAACAAUAAUUCUACAGUCCUGUAUCAUAAUGAUGAAUUAUUUUAAUAGUAUAUCAUUGAUGUCUUCGAUGAACUUAAGACUAUUUGCAGCGGGAUCGACACUCAUAUUCCACAUUUAUAUUAUCUGCUACUUAUUUGACGAUGUCAACCAACAAAAAGAUUCGAUAAAUUUUGCUAUGUACAGCAGUGAUUGGACGCAUAGCAGCGUACAACAUAAAAUUCUACUAUUAUAUGCCAUGCGGAUGAAUAACGCAGAAAACUUGAAACUACAAUUGACGCAAAAUAAAAUAGUAAAUUUCAAAAUGUUCACUGAUAUUAUGCGGACAACGUAUUCAAUAUUAUCAGUGUUGGAAAAAAUAUGUGCAAAGAAGAUGUAGCGGGUAUAUGGAAUUUAAAUGUUCAGAUAUAAUAAUAUUAUAUUACUUAUUAUAAAAUAUAGAGUCAG